AUGAAAGGGAUGGAUACGGUGCGUUUCAAGGAGACAACUAGGGUUCACGAUUGGGAUUGGACCAGUGAAAGACAUAAUUACGACUCACCGACCGGAGCAAAACCGACAUUUCUUCAACUCCGCAAAGAUGAUGAAGAGCCAGCGAUAAAUCCGUAUGCACAUUACAUGGGCUUAAAGAUAAUAGAAGUGAUUGAAGGGUUCAUGUUUGUCGUGAUGAAAGCUAUAAAUACAAGGAAGUGUCGCUCUGAAGAUGAUGAGCGAUGGUUGUUAUUGAACACGGUCUUUGGAGAUUGA